AUGCCCAAACAAGAUGAAGUCAAAAACGAACUCUUUCCUCUCCUUCUUGAAGCCAGCGCUCUCACGUUCGGUACCUACACCCUCAAAUCAGGCCGCGUAUCGCCAUACUUCUUCACCUCGUCGCUGCUACAUACCUCUGCUCUCCUAGCUAGUGUCGCUCGAGCAUACGCCACCGUCCUCACAAGCCCACCCUUUAGCAUCCCUUCAGCUGUCUCUGACACGACAGACUGUGCUGUUGCUCAGGGACAUGAACCGACCUAUGACAUUCUCUUCGGUCCAGCCUACAAAGGCAUACCAAUAUCUGCCAUAGUGACCAGAGAGCUCGAACACUCUGGAGCACCAUACAGCAAUGUUAGCUAUGCCUUCAACCGCAAGGAAGCGAAAGAUCACGGUGAGGGAGGUAUAAUAGUUGGUGCUCCGUUGAAGGACAAGCGUGUGGUGAUCAUAGACGACGUCAUGACUGCAGGUACCGCUUUGCGCGAAGCCGUGUCCAUCAUUCAGGCUCAGGGCGGUAUAGUCGUGGGAGUGGUGCUGUUGUUGACCAGACAAGAAAGAGUGAGCGAAACAGAAUCCCGGAGCGCCAUGCAGGUUGCACAGGAUGAGCUGGGUGUGCCCGUACGCGCGGUAUUGACCUUUGAGGAUAUCAUGGACGCCGUCGAACGAGGGGACAUUAAAGGCGCGGGCCCGGAACAAUUUGAACAGAUGAGGGUUUAUCGGGAAAAGUAUGGAAGCAAGGACUUCGAGGAGAGGACAGCAGGACAGGCAACCCGAUAA